AUGGCCUCUUAUAUGACCGCCAGCGAGGCAUUCGCUCGCGAGAAACUCGCCCCAAAUGUGGAGGUAUCCACAAGUCAGACUGCCUGGGCUGACAAGUAUAGAGGGGCUACUGUCGAAGAUCUGGACCCUCCUCCUGCACUCUCCGUCUCUCCCAGCGAUUCCAUUGCCUCCGCCAUGCUCGCAGCAUAUGAGCGCGAUUAUACCCACCUGACAGUCAUCUCAUCGAACCGGUCUUUACUCGGAUACCUCAGCAUACCGCGACUCAAGGAGUUGCUCAAACAAGGCACCGUCAAGGAAACGGACACUGUUUCAACUGCCAUGCAGCGCUUCAACCGCAAGCGUGGCACAUAUCAUGUCAUCACAAUGGAGACGCCAUUAGAGGAGCUGGAGCAGUUCUUCGAGAGUGAAACGGGACCCAACGGGGAAAGGAGAGAAAAGCAGCAGUUUGCCGUGGUCACUGAUGCCUCCCGGAAGUUUGUACUUGGGGUCGCAACUAAGGCUGAUUUGGAGGAAUUCGUCAAAAGAAGACCGGCAUAG